AUGACCUCAUUAGGGAACAUUAUGUUCUUCAAGGAAAGGAAAGGUGUCUCUGUGGAUGAUGCCAUGGUUCAGAACGAUUUGGCUUCAAAUACCGUCGCGAACGAAUUCCAUCGUCUAUCACGAGCAACGACUCAGAAUUUCACUCAGGUGAUCCUUGACAACUCUAGAGCCACAUCCACUGUCUUCUCCGAGGGAUGA